AUGCACGUAAUAAUGCAACGAAGAAUCUCAAGGAGGAUGCUGUGAACGUUAAUAAUAAUGAAAACAAAAGUCCAGUAAGGGAAUUGCGAUCGCGUCAGAUAACUAUAAAUAAGGAAUUUCCCGUGCGAAAGAAAUUGUAUGUGAAGAGACUAGCACAUUCGAAAUUAAUAACUCCGCAAAAUUCUUGUUUAUUUACUACGACCGUAAUAUCGAUUCUAAAUGGAUAUUUGUCAAAUCCAAAUGUAAUGCACAAGUAUUUCAAAAACAAGGAAAUUUCUCAAUUCAAACAUAAUGAACAAUUUAUUAUGGAGCAACUUGAGUUACUUACGAAGCUAGACGAAUGGACAAUUAAGGCUCAUACAGAAAUUAUAGAAAAUCUUAUGACCUUGCAAGAUUUCAGAUACAUUGCUCUGUUUAUAAUUGAAUUUAUAGUUUAUAAAAUGUCGGAUGAUGAAACAUUUGAUAAAACUCACACGCCACCUGCUCCAAUAAUGACUAGAUCAGAGCAAAAAUUAAUAACUCUGAUUUUAGAGAUUGAUAAGAAAGUUCAAAACUUCAGCGACAUGAUUAUAAAGGGCAUUCAAUUUAGGCUUUUUAGGCUUGGUGUUUCGCAGGAGGUACAAAUUGUGGAGAGGCUCUUUAGGAUACUGGUUGUGUUAAAUAAAAUCAAGAAAGAUAGAGAAAAAGUACGGAUAUUUUGUUGCGACGCUCUUUACUGCUUAAAGCUGGGAGCCGUUAAUAUUAUUUAUGUUGCCCUUAUGUGUUGGCCCGAAGUACUUCCAAAAUACGAUCCUAACAAUGAUGUUAUAGUAAAAACUAUAGUGCAUAUAAUUAUGUCCCUAAAAGUUACGAAACCCUUUCCUAAACUUUAUUCUUUGAAGACGUUGCUCUUCAAAUAUUAUAAUUAUCCGGAUUCUGGAUACACGCCUAGCCUUAUAAAAGACGAGCUAUUGAAAAAUUUGAAAGAAAAUACACCUGGCGUUAAUACCGCAAUGCUUUUACUAUGCAAAAGUAUGGGACCUUCGUGGGCCAUAGAAAAUAUUAUUAAAGAAUUAAAACAGAUAAUUGUAACUCAAAGUCAUCCUUCGUUAUACGAAGUUUUAACAUUACUCGGUAAUAUACUGCGCCCCAUUCGAAUUGAGACAACUUACAGUGAAAUUUAUAAUAUUAUUAAUCAGCUUUGCGAUGUCCUCGAUAGCAAUGCAGGACCAGAUGAUUUACAAGAGGGUGUCGUGUCUUGUCUAAUAAGUAUUAGUAAAUUUAAAUACAAACAGGUAGCUCGAUCUGUGUUAAAGUGGCAGUUCAAUAAAAGCAUCCGCCCAUCUACGAAUGAUAAAUUAAAGUCAUUUUUCCUAUGUCAAGAUACCAAAUGGUGGUGGCAAUUUGUACAAAGUAACUUUCCACGACCCCAACAAGACUAAUUAUGUUUUAUACAAUUAUUAUUACAAAGACUUGAUAAAUUUUUUAAUGUACAUAUUAUGAUA